AUGACGUCAAUAGGAACGGGAUACGAUCUCGCCAACUCCAUCUUCUCGCCUGAUGGUCGCAACUUUCAGGUCGAGUACGCAGUAAAGGCAGUAGAGAAUGGCGGUACCUCCAUUGGUAUCCGCGCCAAGGAUGGUGUUGUUCUAGCAGUCGAGAAGGUCAUCACAUCCAAGCUACUGAAGCCCGGUUCCAACAAGAGAAUUGCCACGGUCGACAAGCAUCUAGGAGUCGUCUCCUCGGGCAUGAUCCCCGAUGGCCGACACUUUGUAGACCGAGCCAGAGAUGAGGCCCGCUCGUGGCGCGAUACCUUCAAGACACCGAUAUCGACAUCCGAUCUCGCCUCGCGCAUGGGCGGAUACCUCCAGGCACACACUCUCUACCAAUCUGUGCGACCAUUUGGUAUCACAGCUAUCAUUGGUGGCUUCGAUUCCGAGCUCGAGCAACCCGUAGAUGGCGAGGUGGGCAGCGGUCCCUUGAGCGGCGCUGGUGGCAAAGUCGAGGGCAAGCACGGCGGUCCCGGUCUCUACAUGGUCGAGCCAAGUGGUCUCUACUGGGGCUACUACGGUGCCGCUGCGGGCAAGGGCCGCCAGGCAGCAAAGGCAGAGCUCGAGAAGCUCGACCUGGCGUCGGGCACACUGGAUCUCAAGGAAGCAGUCAAGGAGGCCGCGCGCAUCAUCUAUGUUGCACAGCAAGACAACAAGGAUAAGGAGUUUGAGCUCGAGAUGACCUGGAUUAGCAAUGCUAGCGGCCCCACCAAGGGACGGCACGAGGAGGUGCCCAAGGAGCUCAAGGAGGAGGCCGAGAGGUUAGCAAAGAAGGCUCUCGAGGGCGAUGACGAUGAGGACGAUAAGAAGGAGGAUGACAAGAUGGAAGAGUAG